UCAUUCGUAAAUAUUGCCAACUUAACCUCACAGUUGACACGAUAAACAGAAAACCGCAGAGGAUACAAGCACCGACAAUUUACUGAUCAUUAAAAAUAUAAUUUCAAAAGAUUUACGAAAUAAAAUAAUAAUUCAUAUAUAAAAUGCGUGAGACGCCACUUUCUACAAUUGAGCGUAAUUUCAUUACGCAAGCAGUUAAUCAAAAUUUGCGCCUAGAUGGACGCAAAAAUGAUGAAUUCCGUAAGGUAACAAUCAAUUUCGGUGCAGAUUGGGGCAGCGCACUUGUGGCGCUCGGUGAAACCAAAGUGCUCGCGCAAGUAUCUUGUGAACUGGGGGUGCCCAAGUCCACACGGCCCAACGAAGGCAUUAUCUAUAUAAAUGUCGAGCUGGGGCAGAUGGCAGCGCCACAUUUCGAGUCUGGACGCAACUCCGAAUUGAAUGUGCAAAUUAGUCGCACUUUAGAGCGCACAUUCAAAGAUUCACGUUGUGUUGACUUAGAAUCGCUUUGUGUUACAUCCGAGGAGCGUGUGUGGUUGUUGCGCAUAGACUUGAAUGUAUUAAAUCAUGAAGGCAACCUCAUUGAUUGCUGUUCAAUAGCCGCGCUAAGCGCGCUCUUGCAUUUCAAACGUCCGGAUGUCAGCAUUAUUGACAAUGAUGUGCACAUACACUCCGCCGCUGAAAAAGAGCCAAUACCAAUGGUGUUGCAUCACUAUCCAGUUUGUGUCAGCUAUUGCCUGUUCGAUGAUGGCCGCUUGGCCGUCGCCGAUCCCAGCGUAUCGGAGGAGCGCACCGCAGAUUCUGCGCUAGUGUUCGGCUUGAAUUCAUUCCGUGAAUUGUGUUGCCUGAAUUUGGGCGGCACAACACUUACAAGUUCCACACUGCUGCUGCAAUGUGCCACACGCGCAGCGCGACGUGCCAAAUUUGUAGUGGAUUAUGUGAAGGAAAAGCUAGAAUUGGAUAAAAUGGCGAGAGAGGAGAAUAGAAACGCUGGCUUCACAGAGUGUGUGCGUCUCAAUCAAAUUACAGCGUUGGCGGAAAAUCGUUUGUCGCUACGUCUACGUAAUUUCAAGCUACAGGAAACAGGCGAGUCAAAGGAGGAAAAUGCAAUGGAAACAAGUGGUGAGGAGGAAAAUGAGAGUGAGGAAGAAGACACAGAGGCGCAAAAGAAUGUCGUCUCAAUUGACGCCAAAUCGGCAUUAUUGGAAUCCAAUCAGUCAAAUAUCAAAUGGGUGCCAGAUGAUGACGACGCCGAAAGUAAUGUGGAGAGUAUGUGCUCGGAGAACGUUGCCGAUGAGGGUGACGAAUGUGAACGCAGUCUCUCGCAACAGGUGGAGAAACAAAUGCAUAAAUUUUCGAAAAAAGAGUCGAAGCGUGCAUUAAGUAAAAAGAAUCUGCAAACUGAGGCCAGUGAUUCAGAGGAGGAAACAAAAGUUAUUUUGUGAAUGCAAUGCAAUUUUCCACGCAUCAUUUGUUAGCAUAUUAAGUACUGAUUUUAAUAAAUAUGCCAAGGCAUGCAAAACAAAGACACGGUUUAUACUAAAUUCAUAUGUGAAGUGUAAAAGUGUGAAUUCUAUGGAGCUUUGAAGUGAUUUUGUGUCUAUUUUUAUACUUUAUAAAAUCAAACACGUCAUUAUUUACUACUUAAAUAGUAUUGCAAAAAUCGAACAAUGACUUUAUUCAACAGUGUUGGGUGUGGUUGGCUAUUUUACAUUUCUAUAAACAUACCUAUACAUAAUAUUAUUAUUUGAUGAUUAUAACUGCAUAAUUUCUUUCAUUUUUUUUUUCAAAUUAAAGUCAACAUGAACACGAUUAUACGAUAUAAGCAAUAUUAACUUAGCACUAAAUACAUAUACAAUAAGGAAGCUUAACGCGCUAAAGGCUUGUUGCUGCUGACAUUGGCAUACUAAAUAUGUUGUAGAAUAAUAGCAAAACCAAUUAACAACAAGCUGGUGUCUAAUCAGCGCUUCACUCAGGUUGUAUCAUUGCCAAUGCCAUUUUUCUGAUCCAGCUUAUUCGAGUUGGAUUUCACCAUGUACACAAAGUAGGUGAUGGUUUC